GGUAGGCAGCUAACCGUACGUACAUGUACAUAACCAGUUGUUGGACACAGCAGAGCUGAAGCAUCAGUGAAGUGCUAGUGAUGUGCUUAGCUUAUUUAUUGUAGCUGGUGUUGUCAACAAGCGCGGUCGAUACAGUGACAGUAAUUUGCCAGGGAUUGACUGCUGUUACUCAUUGACCAAGUCACACCUACUAUCCAUGGCCAGGUCACUGCUCUAAUACACACCGAUUGGUCCAGUUUUGUCUGGUGACAGCCAAUGAGUGUCUGUGGAUCUUUGUCUACAGACCUGAAUGUGUGAUUGGACUGGUUGUCAUCUCUGCUCAUUAUAGACAAGACCAGUGCUGCACACCAGUAAAGGCCUAUAUACUGACAGGUGCAAGUCCCACUGCAAUCAGUCAUUGCCCAACUCUGGAGCUGACUUGACAUACUUAGAUCCACUGCCUGAAGUCAUCAUGACAGUUGCCAAAGUUGCUCACAAGCUCAGAACUCGUACUUUCGUCAUUGUGAUGGUCAUCGGCGUACUGAUGGUCCUUAUUGGUGCGGUGGCCAUCCCACUUGGAUUCAAGGCACUCAUGGACUCCAUCUUAGAUCAGAUGAUGGUCAUCAGUCCAAAGUCCCCUAUCUACCCAGAGUGGCAAGAUCCCACGCUGCCCAUUUACACCAGGUUUUACUUCUUCGAUCUUCAAAACCCAGAUGAGGUGCUCCAAGGAGCCAAACCCAGUGUAGUCGAAAUUGGACCUUAUUCUUACAAAAUGUCACUGCCGAGAGAAAACAUAACCUUCAACCCCAACAGUACUGUGACCAGUAUUCAGCCCUACACCUAUGUCUUUGACCGAUCACAGUCAGUUGGGGAUGAGAAUGACACUUUCAUGACGACCAACAUGCCAUUUUGGUCUACGGCCUAUUUUGUGAGAGAUGCAGGAUCUCUCAUUCAGUUCGGACUCGCGGCCUUCAUGGACCUGGUUGGGGAGAAACCCUUCAUGCCGCUGACUGUCAACCAGUUGGUCUGGGGCUACGAUGAGCCACUCUUUGAGUGGGUCCACCAAAACGUACCGGAGUUCCCUCUCCCACCGGGGUUUGAGACUCAGUUUGGAUUCCUACUGGGGAGAAACAACACAGAUUUGGGCGUCUACACAUCCUUCACUGGUGUGGAGGAUAAGUUGUUGGUCAACCACAUCGACAAGUUUAACGGCAGAAGCAACCUGACAUACUGGAAAUCAGAGUCCGCUAAUAUGAUUAACGGAACAGAUGGUAUGAUGUAUCACAUGGGCAUUGAGGAGGAUGAAGUCUUAUAUCUAUUCCAUCCAGAUCUGUGCAGGUCCAUGCCUUACACCUUCGUCCAAGACGACGUACUCGAAGGUGUUCCCCUGAAGAUGUUUGGUGUAGCCCCCUGGGCCUACCAGAACAGCAGUACCUACCCCCUCAAUAAAGGCUUUAAUAUCACCACUGAUGAUGUGCCCAGAGGACUCAUGAGAGUUGAUCCAUGCAGAUUUGAGACACCGAUUGCCUUAUCCAACCCCCAUUUCUUUGACGGUGAUCCCAGUUUAGCAGGUGGCGUCGACGGUCUCAGCCCAAAUGCAGACAGACACAGAAACUAUUUUUCCAUAGAGCCGAUUCUAGGUAUGCCUUUCAAACUCCGUAUGAGGUUGCAGAUUAACCAAUAUGUACAGCAAGUCUCAGGUGUAUGGCAAACAGCAAAUGUGAAGACCAUGUACAUGCCGGGAUUCUGGUUUGAAGAGGAUGUCACUGCAAAUGAAGAAGUCAUAGGUUACUAUGACACAGGCAUCAAGCUGACCGGGAUUAUAGCACUGGUGAUGCAGUACCUUAGCAUUGUUAUCGGAGCUAGCCUUAUAAUAGCAUUCCUUCUUGUUGGACUCUGUAAGCUGGUUACAAAACCAAAGAAGAGCAUUCUUUCUGCUGAUCGGGAUGCAGUACCUCCCCCUGUGCCUGACACGUCUAGUUACCAGCCGACAUCGAAUACUGAAACUCUCCACUCAGCUUCGCCCAAGGAAUUGGAAGAAGCAAAUGCCGCCACAUACGAAUCCGUCCACGUGUACGACAACAGUAUAAACCUUACUGAACAAAGUGAUUAGGCUCCUUAGACCGAGGGAGCACAUUAUCUGAGUAUGAUGGACGCCUGACACUAUAGAGUAUGAAGCAGGUGAUCUAUUGGGUUCCUUCAUUUGAUCGGCGGUUGUGGGGAGUUAUUAACCAUUUUAUGGUUAUAAAAACAGAAAUUUAUAUCACAUUUAUUGAAGAACUUUAGCAGCUUUAAUUCAAUUUAAAAAUUAAAUUAAAGCAGCAGAGCAGACCAAAGUUAUGUUACCCAAGUUAUGUUACCCAAGUUUCAUGUCUGUACGGCCAAAACGGCAUCCUAACAGUGUCCGACUGACAAAAAUGUGGCCUAUGAUGGGGACAUAUUUUUAGACAAGAAAAAUUACAGUGCCUGUAUCAUGCGCAGGAAGAUGACCAGUGAUGUCAGGAAUGCCACUUUGACUUAAACUUUUAGUUUCUGUAGACCGUCAUUUUUGGAGCAAGAAUCACAUAGCAGUAUCCACAGUUCGUAUAGGCAAGUGCGGACAAACGGGAUUUCUUUAUGUUGGCUUAUCUAGCUCCCAGACCUAUGUUCUUGAAACUCAAUGGUUCUUGAGUCUCGAGUGCUGAAUGGUUACACAUAGGCAACCAAUGAAAAGUGGGGUGCAAAAUGAAUCGAUUUUUUCAUCGGAUGAUGUCACCCCAUCCCCACCUAUAGACCGGUAUCAUGUUGCAGCCAUUUGAUUUUGUUCCCAUUCAAAUCAAUGUAACCAAACCCAGACUGGAAGGAAAAAUAGUUUGGUUCCUUUUUGCACAGAAAACAGUAUCACUCAGUACUGUUAUUGGAUGCAGGGAACAUGACUGAAAUGGUGGCAGCAUGAUAAAGGUCCAUUGCGGGUGAACAUGGCUUAAAACUUGGACACAGACUUGACAAUUCUGCAGUCUGCUGACUAGUUGCAGUAGUUUAUAGUUUCAUGGAUUGUGAUAAAUCUCCUAAUAAACAUAAUUUGAGAACCCUUCAUUAUUGGUAUAUUAAAAAAAAAAGUGGGAAAAGCAGCUCGUAAAAUUUAGGUAAAGUUAAAUGAUACAAAUUUUAAUUGAAAUAAAUUUGAUUUGUAAAUAAUGUUAAUUAUCAUUGAUUUUUGUUUUAGUGUUGACUGAAGAUUUAUUUGUUGGUCCAUAGGGACUGGCUAGUGGCUACGCACAAUGACAGGUUUGUCAACUAUGUAGACUAGUCCAUAAUUUCUGACACAGUGUCAAAAUAUUAUAUGUAAUUACAUUUUUGGCCCUGAAAUAAUUUCUGACACAGUGUCAAAAUAUUAUAUGUAAUUACAUUUUUGGCCCUGAAAUACUGAUGCUGCAUACUUUAAUAGAAUGGAUUUUUAUGUGGAUGCAUAUUUUUGCGUGUGCUUUGUACGAGAACUUUUAAAAAGUUUUAUUGCAGAAUUAAGAAUGUUAGAAAUAAAAUUGCACAAAGUGUGACUUAAAUCCAACCUAUAUACAGGGUGGUCAAAAAAAAAACGAAAAAAAAAAACGGAAUGGCACACUUCCCCGAGACUCAAACCACUUAUACCAAUGCAUGGAGAAUCUUUUUAAAGGAACAAUGAAACCAAGAUCGCCUGAUUUGGCCCAGUAGUUUUUGUUCUAGAGCCUAUUUUGUGAAGCAAGGUGGGGGUGAUUUUUGUCACGAUGAAUUACUAAACCGCGCCCGGGGGUUGCACUUACAUUAUAAUUGAUAGAGGAAUAGUGAUGUAAUAAAACCCACAUGAAAGAAGUGUGCUUCACAAAAUAGGCUCUGCAGCAAAAACAACUGGACCGAUUCGGGAUAUUUUGGUAUCAUAAUUCUUUUAAAAGGAUUCUCCAUCAAUUGGUACAGGUGGUUUGAGUGUUCAAGGUAGUGGAAGUAUGCCGUUCCAUUUGUUUUUUUCUUGCCUUUUUUUUUAAAAUUUUUUACCACCCCGUAUAAUGGUGCUAUUUAUAAAAUAGCAUAACUUACUAAAUAUGGAACGUAAUUUUUUUUAUUAAAUAAAUUUUAAAAGUAAUUUUGCUGACAACAAUUUUAUCACUACAUGUGUAAAUGCACACAAAACCAUUAUCAUGUUGAGUUUAAUUUUAAAAAGUUCACGCAGCAAAAAAAAAAGAUUUGUUAGUAAUAUUCAACCAAUACGUCAUUGUGCUAUUUAUAGAAUAAAAAUGAUCAUAACCAAAGGAAUUGAAAAUUCCGAAUCAGGA